GUGAGAGAGAGACAGCGCAGGAGAAGAGGAGGACGCACGCACACACACGCAAACUUCUGAUGCGCCGACGAGCAUCCAGCAUUCCGUGUUUUCCCGCCGUCGAAGGAUUAAGGACCCCUGGAGGAGCACCCAUGGGUGCCGCUGUGGCGCGAAGGCUCCGCUGAGACGUCCAGUCAUGAUUCGGGUCUGCCUUUUGCCGCUUUUGCUGUCGUGCGCGCUGGCCAACAGGACCGCGGAUCCGGUCCCGUUCUUCCACGGCCAUGUGUUCGAGAACGCGUCCCCGGGCUCCAGGGUCAGCGGGCUGACUGUGCCGCUCAAGCGGCUCAACGCGCACAGGCUGUGCGGCGCCGGGGAAGGAGGCUUGCUGCCGGUACCGGCCCGCUUGAAGCUCCUGGGCGACGGAAGUGACAAGUUCCGCGUCCUGGCGCACCACAACCGGGGGCACGUGCUGCUGAAGACCUGCGGGCUUCUGGACCGGGAGCAGCGGGCUGAGUACGCGCUGGGUGUCGGUGUGUGCUGCGGGCCGUGCAGCGCCGGGCUCCCCCGGGAAGAGGAGGCUCAGGUGGCGUCCAUCAGGGUGGACGUCCUGGACAUCAACGACCACCAGCCUGCCUUCCCCGGGACCGACGUGAAGCUGAGCCUGGACGACGCCACUGCCCUGCGCACGGCGGUCUACACGCUCACUGCGAGGGACGAGGACAGCGGCAAGAACGCGGAGCUCAUCUACUUCUCCCUGCCCAGGAACGGCACUUUCUACGUGGUGCCCAAAAGCGGGGACAUCCUCCUGGUGGACUCCAUUCUGGGUCGGGAUGCACCCAUUAAGUUCACCGUGUUCGCCCGGGACCGAGGCUGGCCCCCCCGAACCAGCGAGGGCAUCAGCGUGGAAAUCAACCCGCGCCAGUGGCUCACGUCGCACGACAAAGCCCCGUCCCGGAUGUCCCGCUCCGUCCAAGACCCGGACGCUCCGGUGUGCAUCAACGUGUCCGAGGACGCCGGCAUCGGUUCCGUGGUGAUGAACCUGAACCCGGUGCGCUUCCAGGCGGCCACCUUCGAGCUGCUGGAGCCGGACGGGGACGACUCGCCGGUCAGCGUGGGUCGGGACACCGGGGACGUGGUCAUCUCACGCCGGCUGGACCGAGAGAGGGAACCGCUGGUGGACAUCACCGUCCGGGUGCAGGACAAACGAGGUCAGGACUGGUACCUGAUCCGAGUGGAAUUGACCGUGACUGACGUCAACGACAAUGUUCCCGAAUGGCACAUGGUCCCCGCUCCCUACCUCGCCGUGGUGUCGCCCGACGCCGCCGUGGGCUCGCUGGUCUACAGCCUCCACGCACAGGACGGGGAUGAGGGGCUCAACGGUGACGUGGAGUACUUCCUGUCUGACGGUGGGGAUGGUCGUUUCGAGGUGGACAGGAAGAGCGGCCAUGUGCGCACCACCGGCCUCCCUCUGCAGCGAGACCGCGAGUACCUGCUGACCGUGGUGGCCGCCGACCGCCUGGGAAGCCGCAGCGUGCCUGCCGUCGUCUCGGUUGUUGCCGGAGCUCGACCGCCACAGUUCAGCAACGCUUCCUUCACCAUCGCCAUACCAGAGAACACCCCCGAGGGACAGCCAUUCCUGGUCACGCCCGCCGUCUCCUUCCAGAAGAAGCCAAUUAGCUACAGCCUGCUCAUCAAUCCCAGCAGCCUCUUCUCCAUCUCGCCCGAGGCCGGCGAGAUCAGCCUGACACGGCCCAUAGACUACGAGAGCGACCAGCACCGCUACUUGUUGUUGGUGCGAGCCGGCGAGGGUCAGGACAGCAUGAGCAGUGCUGCAGAGGUGCGAGUCAUCAUCGUGGAUGAGAACGACUGCGUUCCCGAGUUCCUCCAGUCCAUCUACAGCAAGGAUGGCGUUCCGGAGACGGUGAUGACGGCAACGUCGCUGCUGCAAGUUUCCGCCAGCGACUGCGACUCGGAAAAGAACGCCGAGCUGACCUACUACACGCUGAGUCCCGACUUCACCAUUUCCCCCCACGGGACCAUCUUCCCUGCCGGCCCACUGGACUACGAGAGACCCAACCACCUGUACGAGUUUGUGGUGAUGGCGGUGGACAAGGGUGAGGUCCCGCGCACGGGAACCACCACGGUCCGCAUUCGUAUGGCCAACGUGAACGACGAGACGCCCGACUUCUCCCAACACAUCUAUCGGACGUUCGUCUCAGAGGACGCCGGUCCAAACACGCUGGUGGCCACCGUGCUGGCAAAGGAUCCGGACGGAGACGGGAUCACCUACAGGAUCACAUCAGGAAACGACGAGGGCAAUUUUGUCAUCGAUAGUCAGAAAGGUCUGAUCCGCCUGCGCUCCAGCCCACCGCCUCACCUGCAGGGGGUGGAGUAUGUCCUCAACAUUACGGCCACAGACGACAACGCCUCGGGCGGCCCGCAGGCCUUGGCGUCCACCGCCCAGGUCAUCGUGGGAGUGGAUGACGUGAAUAACAACAAGCCGGUCUUCGAGAAGUGUCAGCAGUACCGAGAGAAGACGUCGGUUCUGGAGAACCAGCCGGCCGGGUCGUUUGUGCUGCAGGUUCAUGCCGUGGAUGCUGAUGAGGGCUCCAACGGAAAAGUCACGUACGGCUUCAUGCACAAAGACUCCACUGUGCCCGCCUUCAGCAUCCAUCCUGACACAGGAACCAUCGUCACCGCCAGGAAGUUUGACCGCGAGCGUCAGCGGGAGUAUGCGGUGACGGUGACGGCCACCGACCGGGCAGCCGACCCACUGAUUGGCAUCUGCCAGCUCAACAUCCUCAUCGUGGACCAGAACGACAACAGUCCCAAGUUUGAGAACAUCCGCUAUGAGUACUUCCUUCGUGAGGAUACGAUGAUCGGGACCAGCUUCCUGCGAGUGGCGGCCCAUGACGACGACUUUGGCACCAACGCCGCCAUCACGUAUUCCAUGUCUGGCGAGCAGCCGGAAUACCUCCGGGUCAACCCCCUGACAGGUUGGGUCUACGUCAACCAGCCCAUCUCUCAGAGGACCUACAUCACGCGGGACAUUGUGGCUACAGACGGAGGGAACCGGAGCAGCUCCGUGGAGCUGGCCGUCACCAUCACAAACGUGAAGAACCAACCCCCACAGUGGGAGAAGGACAGCUACAGCGUGGUCAUCCCUGAGAACACCAUCAGAGACACGCCAAUCGUGACCAUCAAAGCCACAUCCCCGCUGGGCGACCCCAGGGUGACCUACAAUCUGGAGGACGGCAUGGUGCCCGAGACCAACAUGCCUGUCCGCUUCUACCUGACCCCCAACCGGGAAGACGGCUCAGCCUCCAUCUUGGUGGCGGAGCCCCUGGACUACGAGACCACUCAAAACUUUAUGCUCAGGGUCCGAGCGCAGAACGUGGCUGCUGUCCCGUUGGCUGCUUUCACCACGGUCUAUGUCAAUGUCACAGAUGUGAAUGACAACGUCCCGUUUUUCACGUCCUCCAUCUACGAGGCCUCGGUCACCGAGGGCGCAGAGUCAGGAACGUUGGUGUUCCAGGUGUCGGCCAAUGACCUGGACUUGGGCCUCAAUGGGAAGAUCUCCUAUUCACUGCUGGAAGACCGCAGCGGGGACCACCAGUACUUCCGCAUCGAACCGGAGUUGGGAUUCAUCUACACGCAGAGCGUUUUCGACCGCGAAACCAAAAGCUCGUACCUGCUGGAGGUUCAGUCUGUGGACGGCUGGGAGUCGGCGAGGCCUGGCAAACACGGACAGCCCAACUCCGACACGGCCUACGUGCGUGUUUUCAUCAGCGACGUCAACGACAACAAGCCGGCUUUCGGUCAGACGACGUACGAGGUGGACGUGGAUGAAGACGCCGACGUCGGGUUCGCCGUCCUCACCGUCAGUGCCAACGAUGGCGACGAAGGUGGGAAUGCCAAGCUGCGGUAUCAGAUCACAUCUGGCAACACGGGAGGGGUGUUUGACGUGGAACCAGAGGUGGGGACCAUCUUUGUGGCCCAGCCUCUGGACUACGAGCAGAACAAAAGGUACAAACUCCACGUCCUCGCCUCGGAUGGCAAGUGGGAGGACUACACCACCGUGUCGGUGAACGUGGUCAACAAGAAUGACGAGGCGCCCGUGUUCACCGUCAACGAAUACUACGGCAGCGUGACGGAAGAACUGGACGGUUCUCCUGUGUUUGUUCUGCAGGUAACAGCGUCUGACCCCGACAAAGAUGCCGACCAAGAAGCUUUGCGCUAUUCCCUCCAUGGCCAGGGCGCCGACAGCGAGUUCAUCAUUGACGAGGUCACGGGCAAGAUCUACGCCCAGCGGACCCUCAACCGCGAGGAGCGCGCCGUGUGGCGUUUUGUGGUGCUGGCCACAGACGAGGGCGGCGAAGGUCUGACGGGCUUUACAGAUGUCAUCAUCAACGUGUGGGACAUCAACGACAACGCUCCCGUCUUCAGCUGCGCCCCCAGCUGUCACGGCGACGUGGCGGAGAACUCGGCGGUGGGCACGUCGGUGAUGGAGAUGACGGCCACCGACCUGGAUGACUCGGCCGUGGGUCAGAACGCCGUGCUCUCCUACAGAAUCGUGGGCACCUUGGAUGCCGCCGACGCCGAUGUUGGAGGCGUCCCCGCCUUUUCUGAGAUUUUUGCCAUCAACCCCACCACAGGCACCCUCACGGUGGCCAUGAACGGGCUGGACCGCGAGCAAGUGGAGUCCUACCUCUUGGUGGUGGAGGCCAGAGAUGGCGGCGGGAUGGCCGGAACGGCGACCGCGACCAUUCUGAUCAAAGACGUCAACGACCACGCCCCCAGAUUCACAGACCGCUCCUGUGUGGCCAGGAUCUCGGAGAACGCUGAGCCCAACGCUGAGGUGCUGCAGCUGACGGCAGAGGACCACGACACGGGAGAAAACGCCCAGCUGACCUUCAGCGUGGUGGCGGGCGACCAGGAGCAGAAGUUCUACGUGGUGAGCCACAAGCAGGAGCGGCGCGGCACGCUGAGGCUCAAGAAGCGUCUGGACUUUGAGCGGCACAGCGAGCAGAGGUUCAAUCUCACCCUAAAGGUGGAGGACUUGGACUUCUUCAGCCUCCAGCACUGCGUGGUGGAAGUGGAGGACUACAACGACCACGCCCCCGUCUUCAUCCCGCACUUUCUCUCCCUGGGCCCGCUGUCCGAGGACGUUGACGUGGGAACCAGCGUGGCCCGCUUGGUGGCCAGCGACUCUGAUUCAGGCCAGAACCGUGAGCUGGUCUACAGCCUGUGGGAGGAGUCUGAUCCCGAGGGGCUGUUCAGCAUCGACCAGUCCGGUGUUCUGUCUGUGGCUCAGCCUCUGGAUCGGGAGAGGACGGCGCAGCAUCACCUGGUUGUCAUAGCGACGGACCACGGGGUUCCGCCUUUGUCGGGCAGCGCCACGGUGGAGCUCCCCCUGUUGGACGUCAACGAUAAUGGACCUGAGUUUGAGGCAGCUUACGCUCCUGUGGUGUUGGAGAACAUGGCUGGACCUCAGGUUGUCAGCAUGAACCAAACGUCCACCCUCCUCCGGGCGGUGGACCGGGACUCCCCCGAGAACGGCCCACCGUUCCAUUUCGCCGUCCCGGCGGAGUUUCGCCACGGCAACGACUUUCAUCUGAAGGACAACCUGAAUGGCACGGCCACGCUGACGGCGCUCAGGAUGUUUGACCGCGAGCGCCAGAAGGAGUUCUUCAUCCCAGUCAUCAUGAGCGACAGCGGGCAUCCCGCCAAAACCGUAACCUGCACGCUGACCGUAACCAUCGGUGACCAAAACGACCACGCCCACUUGGGCGGGAAAAAGAAGAUCUUCAUCAACAGCCAUCGAGGCCGCAUGCCGACCACCCUGCUGGGAAAGGUGCACGCCCCCGACCCUGACGACUGGGACAAUAAGACGUACGUCUUUGAAGGACACGCGCCCACGUACUUCAUCCUCAACAAGCGCACCGGCUUCCUCAUCAUCAAGGAGAACACUCCAUCUGGUACCUACCAGUUCCAGGUGCGGGUGUCUGAUGGAGUCUGGCAGGACGCCGUGUCCACCGUCACCGUGCAAGUCAGGGAGCUGCCGGACGAGGCCGUCCACCGAUCUGCCUCGCUACGCCUGGCAGACAUGACGGCCAAGGAGUUCAUGGAGCUGAGGGGGAAGCAGCGGAGUCGCUACGAGCUGCUGGCCGACUUCCUGUCCGAGAUGCUGUCGGUUCCGACCUCCAACGUCAACAUCUUCAGCCUGAUGGAUGUGAAGGAGCGCAUGCUGGACGUGCGCUUUGCCGUGUACGGUGGCGCCUCGUUCCUCCAGCCCGAGAAGAUGCAUGGCUAUCUGGCGGCGCACAAGCAAAAGCUCCAGUCCUUCCUGCAGGUCCGGGUCUACCAGGUCCGUGUGGACGAGUGUCCCAGGUCGGAGUGCGGUCGGGCGGGAGGCUGCACCAGCGGCGUGAACGUGCAGGACACGCCCACGGUGGUGGAUUGCGGCACGAUGAGCCUGGUAUCGGUCACGGUGGAGGCCGCCGCCGUCUGCUCCUGCCCGGGACGGGAACUGUCCCAUCAGUCCUGCUCGGCCUAUCCCAGAAACCCUUGCUUUAAUGGCGGCGUGUGUGUGGACACUCAGCACGGCUACAGGUGCCAGUGCCCGGCCCAGUUGGAGGGGCCCGAGUGCCAGCAGAACAAACACAGUUUCCGCGGCAACGGCUACGCCUGGUUCCCUCCCAUCAUGCCGUGCUUCGACAGCCACAUCUCGCUGGAGUUCAUCACAGAGGUGCCCGACGGACUGUUGCUCUACAGCGGACCUGUGGCCCAACUGCAGGCCUGGGACCAGGAGGACUUCAUGGCCUUAGAACUAAUAGACGGCACCCCGACGCUGAAGAUCAACCACGGCUCCGGCACCGUGGUGCUACAGUUGCCUGGCAACGUCAACGUGGCCGACAGGCGCUGGCAUCGGCUGGACGUCCGCAGCAACAGCAAGGAGGUGCGCUUCACGCUGGAUCGCUGCGCGGGGGCGGCCGUCAUGGAGAUGGAAGGUCUGGGCAGCUGGCUCACCACCCAGGACCACUCGUCCUGCGAGGUGGCCGGCACCACGCCCAACACGGACCGACACCUGAACACGAGCCAAGUGUUGCAGCUGGGGGGCGUCAAUGAGGACAUCCCGUACAUCUACCCCCAACUUCAACACAAGCACUUCACGGGAUGCGUACGCAACCUCAUGGUGGACAGCAAGCUGUACGAUCUGAGCUCCCCAGCCGACUCCCAGUCAAGCUCCCCCGGCUGCCUGACCACCGACGGCAGCUGUGUCAACAUGGGCUACCCCUCCUGUGGCCGCCACGGCCGUUGCCAUGGCGAGUGGGGGUCCUUCAGCUGCCAGUGUGUGCCCGGAUACACGGGACAGCAGUGUGAGGACGAGGUUCCAGAGUAUUCCUUUGACGGCCACAGCCACGUGCGCUACCAGCUGGCCUCGCCGCUGCCGGCCCGCAGGACCGCGGUUCAAGUUCUGGUCCGAACCCGCAAACACAGCAGCACCGUGCUGAGUCUGAGCUCCACGGAGCAGAGCGAGUACCUGAGACUGGAGAUUUGUCAGGGCCUGCUGUGCGUCUUCUACAAUCUGGGCGACGGCGACUACAACCUGAGCAUCCCCACGUACCGCCUGGACAACGGCGAGUGGCACGAGGUCUUCCUUGAUCGCCACGACAACGAGAUGACCCUGCGGCUUGACGGCGGCGGCGGGCAGAGGGAGGUGACCGGUACGCGGGGGCGGAGCCGGGAAAUCGUCAUCGACCCCACGGUGGUGAUGCUGGGAAACACCUUCCCAUCUCUGCUCAACAACAGCUUCCAGGGCUGCAUGAGAGACCUGCGCCUAAACGGUCGCUACAUGCCGAUGGAUGUUCAGCAGACGCGGGAGGGCGUGUCCCAGGUCAGCGUGCAGGGCCUCACCCAGGGGUGCCCGUCAGACUCCUGCAGGAGGAACCAGUGCAGCCCCCCCUUCACCUGUGUGGACCUGUGGCGGGUGCACGAGUGCAGGUGUCCGCCGGGUCACAUGGUGCGCGUGAACGGCAGCAGGAAGUCGUGCGUGUACACGCUGUGUGCCACGCGGCCGUGCCACCGCGGGACGUGUGUGGCGCACUCGCCCUCCAAGUUCACCUGCCACUGCCCCGAGGGUCACCGGGGUCGCCUGUGCGAGACCACUCUGGCCGUGUACAGCGACGAAGUGGGCCUCAGCUUCAGCUCGCUCUUCGCCAUCUGCAUCUGCUUCAUGGCGCUCAUCGUGCUGCUGCUGGGCAUCUUCCUCUACACGCGCUGGAGGAGCUACAAGGGCCUGAAGGAGGGCGUCUACCACGUGUCCGCCCACCACGACGGCUGGGAGGACAUCAGGGAAAACGUUCUCAACUACGAUGAGGAGGGCGGCGGUGAGGAGGACCAGAACGCGUACGACAUGGCCGAGCUUCAGAAGUCUCUCCAACCCAGCCCGGCCCAGUCGCUCCAGUACUGCCGCUCCAGAGCCCUGCACCAUCCGCCCCCGCCCCCACACCACCAUCACCACCACCACCUGCUCCACCAGGCCCCGCCCCCUCCAUCCUCCACUCAGCCGCCGGACUCCCUCAGCCGGACCACCAGCUCCGGCACCCUGCCCCCGUCGGUCGCCUCGUCUUCAUCCGCUGGGACCGCCGGCCUGCGCCGGGACGUGCCCCCCGCCCGCUGCCCCGCCCAGGGCCAGGUGCAGCCCUCGCGGCUGGCCCGCCGCUCACUGUCCUUCUCCAGCCAGGACCUGGCCCGCUACCUGUGCGAGAUCAUCCGCGAUGCCGACCAGCACCCGGACACCGGACCCUUCGACUCCUUGCAGGUGUUCUCCACCGAGGGGGGCGGCUCCCCGGCCGGCUCCCUCAGUUCCUUCAGCUCGGCGGGUUUGGAUGCGGGGGGCAGCGGGGAGGGGAGCGGUGAGGGGCGGCGGGAGGAGACGCUCGGAGAGUGGGGGCCUCGCUUUGAGAAGCUGAGGGCACUUUACGAGCAGGCAGAGGCCAGCGACCUUUAAACUCAAGACAGGCAGUUCCCUUUUUGGGAGGGGGGGGCAGCUUCCGAACAAUCAGUUAAAGGUGGGAAACAUACACACAUACUCACAUGCACACAUACACACAUGCACACAUACACACAUGCACACUGAGCCUGCCAGUCAACAUGUCGGAACACGCCCCCAUGCUUGCCUCACCCCCUGUAACGUCAUCAAAGCUGCCUUCAGGCUUCAGGACGCCGCUCUCGACGAGGGGGUGGGGCCUGCCACGGCCACAGUGACUGCUGGUCGAGGGUCCUCAAAUGGGAAAGCAACGUGGGUUUUUUUUCUCCCUCACAGGCACAGCAGACACGCCCACAAAUCUAUUUUUAGCCUCUUUGUUGAUUGGUUGGUUGCCCGCAAUGGCCACUUUAUUAGGUAGGCAGACGGUGGAACCCCCAAAGACCGAGGCCGACGUGUUCCUGUCAUGCAAGUGUAAAAAGAAGUGAACCACUGCAGUGAGCGUGGGAGGUGGGUCUCUUCAUGCAUUUCCUCUUCUAUGGCUAGCAUCACAUUUCUCCUCUUCCCCCCCCCCAAAAAAACGCACAAAAGCCAAAGAAAAAGCAAAAGACAGUCGUGGAUGAGCUCAAGUGUCAUGUGAUGUCGUCACUUUUAAUGGCACCAGACUUUGGAGCUUCCACUGAGGAAACAACUAAAAAUGAUGGAAGCGGGCGUUGCUGCGGGUGUUCCUAAUAAACUGUCUAGAGUCACGUGACAGGCUGACUUUGUGCCACCGAGUUUUCGUGUUUGACCUUUCAUCCAUCACCAGGAUGCAGGUGGAUGCUGAGGGCGGCGUUGUAUGUUUACUUUUUCCUUUGCUGCUUUGAACGCUUCAUGGAGACGAACCCUUGUCCUCCUUGGGAGGCGGGGCUUGAAUGCAAACGUCAUCACGCGGUCACAUGACAUACCCUGUAAAGGAGCGUCCCGCUUCUCCAAUCAGUGCAGAGGGAAGACAAAAAAAACGCCUAACGAGCUGUAAAGAUUGUGCGAGACGAGCACACACUCUCACCAGUUUGUGUCACACGUGAUUGCAGGGCAUAUGGGGGGGGGUUUGUUGACCAUCUCAUCAAGUGCCUGACUCGCCGGUCCAACCCGAGUGACAGGAUGAGGUCGUCUGGAUGGAGGGAUGAGAUCAUGUGACAAUGCUAAUGCUAACAGGAGCUAUCAUAAACAAAUAAACAAACGGGGGUGUCACGAGACGAGACGAGAUUUUAACUUGACUUUUAAGAAAAGUACAAUGAAAAAGAUGAAAAUAUGCGACGAUAUAUUGCAACUAUCUGCUCAUAUUUCUACUAUGCUACACUCUUCUGCACUCUGUGUGUAUGCUAGCGGCCCCGCCUCCACCCGCCGAGACAAAGAGACUGUAUGACUGACAAAAGGGCUCACUCCAUUCAUGCCGUUGUUCUAUGGAACCAACGUGCUGAAAGCAGUGCACAGAGUUGAACCCUUUUGGUGCCUGACACGCAUGCACAUGGCGAUGUAUUGAAGAUCCGCUUCAUUUUCAUUCAUUCAUUCAUUCAUUCAUUAUCAUCCCAGCCCACCAGACGGUUUUUCCAGGAGGAGAAAUCUUGCCACAUUUUAAUCUUGCGCGAUCUUGUGACACCCCUAUAAAUAAAUGUUAUGUUUUAUGAAAUGAAAGUUAGCAUAAAUGAAUCAACAAGUUCAUUGUGGCUUUGAGCGGAUGCAAGGUGGACUUUGCAGUGUUUGACUUGUUUUUCCUUUCCUUUGUACCAUAGCAGCUUCUUUGGUGUCGUGGUGGACGUUUUGACCUCGUGUGUAAAUAAAAAUACACAGAAAGAUUAUUAUGAGCAGAAACGUUGCUGCCUACAAGAAAAAAAAAAAGAAAAUAAUUUUUCUACAAAUCAUCACAGUGAUGAGCUUUGAAGAGUUUUGUGUUUGUAUUUGCUUUUCCUCAAUAAACUUCAUUUCUUUGCA